AUGAAAACGUAUAUUAAGGAAAAGAGGCUGGGAGAGGGGACGUAUGCAGUAAUAUACCUUGGAUAUAGGGCACUGCCUCAAGAUAAGCCUUUUGUGAGCUCAGGAACCAGGAUAGAAGAUACCCCGGUGGCCAUAAAGAGAAUAAAGCUGACAAAGUAUGCACAGGGGCACGAGAUAAGUGCAAUAAGAGAGAUCAAGGCUUUGAAAAGAAUAAGUAGUAAAUAUGUUGUUAAGCUGUUGGAUACCUUUAUAUAUGACAAAUGCGUUCACAUAGUUCUAGAGUAUGUUGAGACCAAUCUUGAGAAUGUGAUAAGGAAUGCCGAUAAAAUUAUCAUGCCUGGAGAUACAAAAGCAUGGAUGUUGAUGAUAUUGAAGGGAGUUUAUGAAUGCCAUAGGCUGUUUAUAAUCCAUAGGGAUAUUAAGCCGAACAAUAUACUUAUUACAGCUGAGGGAGUAGUAAAGCUAGCUGAUUUUGGACUUACCAGGGGGAUAGGAAACAAAAUGACACCUCAGGCGAUAACUAGAUGGUACAGAGCACCAGAGGUUCUCAUGGGGUCGAGAGACUAUGGGAGCCCUGCCGAUAUGUGGUCUGUAGGGUGUGUAUUUGCAGAGUUGCUUUUAAGGGUUCCUUUAUUUGCAGGGGACACCGACAUUCAUCAGUUGGACAUGAUUUUUAGAGCUCUUGGGACUCCUACGGAAAAAGAGUGGCCAGGGGUGUCUACCCUGCCCAGGUUUCUUGAAUUUCAGCAAUAUGCCAAGACAUCCUUGGGUUCUCUGUUUUCGGCGGUGUCAUCUGAUGCGCUAGACCUGCUAGAAAAGCUCCUUAUCCUAAAUCCAUGCAAUAGAAUCAAUUGUGACGAUGCCAUAAAGCAUCCCUAUUUUAAAUCGCUGCCUCUACCUACGCCUAUAGGCAAAUUGCCUGUAUGA